AUGUCGUCGUCCAAGAAAGGCGCCUACGAAACCGCCGCCUCAGACACCGACUUCAGGAAGAAAUACGACCGCGCCGAGUACGCGCAGAAAGCCGCCGACCGCGAAGCCAAGGAGAAGGAAGAGUCCAAAGCGCGCUAUGAAGCCAAGCUCGCCGGCAAGAAAUACUAUGCGCCGCUGACCGGCGACGAGACCCUCACGCAGGCCCGCGCCUCGCGCCUCGACGUCUCUGCCAAUGUGGGCAAAAUCACGCUCAUGCCUGCGGGCGCGGCGACGGGAAAGCGAGGCCGGGGAGCGGGCUUCUAUUGCGCGGAUUGCGAUCUGACGUUCAAGGAUAACUUGCAGUGGGUGGAGCAUGAGAAUAGUAUGCAGCAUUUGCGGGCGAUUGGGCAGACGGGUGAGGUCAAGAGGGCGAGCACGGAGGAGGUGAGGGAGAGGAUUGAGAGGAUAUGGGAGAGGAUGGAGGAGGAGAGACGGGGGGAUAUCAAGACGCUUGGGGAGAGGCUGGAAAUUCGGAAGGAGGAGGAGGAUAAGAGGCGUGAGGAGAGGAGGGAGAAGAGGAAGGAGACUGUGGAGAGGAAGAAGGCGGAAAGAGAUAGUGCGGUGGAGAUCAAGAAGGAGUAUGGGGAAGAUGUGAGGGUCGAGGGUGAACACGAUGAGGAUGAUAUGAUGGCUAGUAUGGGGAUCACUGGGUUCGGGACGUCGAAGAAGUGA